AUGAGUGCCCUCCAAGAGACACAGUCAUCUUCGGCGCCUCCGCCGAAUCCUGACCCACCUUCGCCGUUGAAAAAUAUCAUAUCGGUGGCUUCAAUCGCCGCCGGUAUUCAGUUUGGUUGGGCUCUACAACUCUCUCUCCUGACUCCUUACGUGCAACUUCUCGGAAUCCCACACAAAUGGGCAUCUCUCAUAUGGCUAUGUGGUCCUGUCUCCGGCAUGAUUGUUCAACCUAUCGUCGGUUACUACAGCGACCGUUGCACUUCAAGAUUCGGUCGUCGCCGUCCUUUCAUCGCCGCCGGAGCCGCUCUCGUCGCUGUUGCAGUUAUCUUAAUCGGAUACGCAGCUGAUCUCGGACACAUCAUGGGAGAUAAACUCGACAAGACUCCAAAGACAUGGGCCAUAUUAAUCUUUGGUCUAUGGUUUUGGUUCCUUGACGUUGCUAACAAUACACUUCAAGGACCUUGUCGUGCUUUCCUUGGAGAUUUAUCAGCCGGAGACGCUAAAAGAACGCGUCUCGCAAACGCGCUUUUCUCUUUCUUUAUGGCGGUUGGAAACAUUUUGGGAUACGCGGCUGGAUCCUACACGAACCUUCACAAGAUUUUUCCUUUCACGAUGACUAAAGCUUGCGAUAUCUAUUGCGCAAAUCUCAAAAGCUGUUUCUUCCUCUCCAUAACUCUCUUACUUAUCGUAACAAUCACAUCGAUAUGUUACGUGAAAGACAAGCAAUGGUCACCGGAGAAAGAAGCUGAUGACUCCGACGAGGUCAAGAAAACUCCGUUCUUCGGUGAGAUCUUUGGAGCUUUUAAAGUCAUGAAACGUCCCAUGUGGAUGUUACUGAUCGUCACGGCUUUAAACUGGAUCGCUUGGUUUCCUUUUCUUUUGUUCGAUACUGAUUGGAUGGGUCGUGAAGUUUACGGUGGAGAUUCAGGAGGAGAUUCUAAAAUGAAGAAACUUUAUAACCAAGGAGUCCAUGUUGGUGCGUUAGGGUUAAUGUUAAAUGCAAUAGUUCUUGGUUUUGUGUCUCUUGGUGUUGAAUGGAUUGGUCGGAAAAUGGGAGGAGCUAAACGGCUUUGGGGUUUUGUGAAUUUUAUACUCGCCGCGUGUUUGGCUUUUACGGUUUUGGUUACAAAGUUGGCCGAGGCUCACCGGAAAACCGCCGGUCCGUUGGCCGGACCGACCAGUGGUAUUAGAGCUGGUGCAUUAUCUCUCUUUGCUAUUCUUGGAAUUCCUCUUGCGAUUACUUUCAGUACUCCGUUUGCACUAGCUUCGAUAUUAUCAAGCGACUCCGGCGUCGGCCAAGGACUUUCUCAAGGAGUUUUAAAUUUGGCAAUUGUUGUACCACAAAUGGUGGUAUCACUUGGAGCUGGAUCGUUCGAUGACUGGUUUGGAGGUGGAAACUUACCAGGAUUUGUUCUUGGAGCAAUUGCAGCGGCAAUAAGUGCCGUAGUGGCAUUAUUCGUUUUACCUUAA